CCGGGGCAGUGAGCUCCGCUGAGCCGCGCCAGCCCUCCCCUGUCACUCGGGAGGGCAGCUCGCCGCUAGGACCUGGUCGGGGUGCCCAGGCACCUCCUUCUCCUCCUCCUCAGAGCCUGCAACCUGCCGCCCUUUGCACGGUCAGAGCACCCGGACUCAGCCUCCUCUUCCUCCAGUCCCCUCACAGUCCACCCUUCUGCCCCUCUCGGAAAGGAACCGGACAGAGAGAUUCUCCCACCUGUCCCCCGACCCACCCAGCCAUCCACCCGCACCCCCAGCACACAAAGACCCCUUGUCGUCGUGUCCGUGUCUCAGGGCGGAGGAUGCCGCGAGGAGGCCCGGCGCGCUGUCGUGCAAGCUAAAUGCCCGGCAGCCUCUCCCAGACCGGCCAACCCCCGACCCUCCAGCCUCCAUGUCUUAGAGAAGCCAAAUUCGCGAGUUAUAUAAUUCACAGUGCUGCCGCUCCUCUCGCCCGAGGAAUCACUUCGUCGCGGGUGGAGGGUGCAGGACAUUCCAGGGCUCCUCUGUAUAGGACCGGGGUGCGGGCAGGGAUGGCCAGCGGUGUCAGGGGCACGUGUGGUCUUCUCUGCAGAAGACAGGUGGGUUGCCUGGAGAGACGUUGAGCGGAAGGGUGGAGGUGGAAGCCAGGUAGCGGCACUCUGCCUUCCCUCCGUGGGCAAGAGUGCACGCCUGAUACUACUCCAGCGUCUCCGAAAACACCUCCGGGGGAAGGUGCGCUCCCUCCUCUCCAACAGCCUUUGGUUUCCCGACCCUCCCCCUCCUCCCCCCGUCGCCGGAUAGGGAGUGCUUGGAUGCGAAGACAUGGCAAUGAUGUGAAUGACUCCAGUGUGAAGACAUCUGCUUCGCCAACUCAUCCUGCAUCAAGUGCCCAUGGAGUAGCACUGUCCCUUUAAUGUCUCCAUGCCAAGGGAUUGCUUCCCUUCUUUUCAAUCCUCUCGGGUAAUACACGGGAGAGGCAGAAGCAGAGGGGCAUUAAGGAUCCAACCCUGUGGGGCUUGGACAGCACAGAAGAAAAAUAUGAAAGUGACAGCCUGGAUCCUGUCUUCCUGAGGGGGUGAGAUACUGAACUUCUGAUCCAUUCAAUAGCAAGGGGCCUUUUCUUCAGUGCUCUGCCCCAGACAACUGUUCAAACUCACGCACCUUUAAAGAGAUUAGAGUGAGAGGGUUCAAAAAGUCCUUUGAAAGGGGUAUUUAAAUUUUUUUCCCCUAAGAAUUGAGGCUCUAUAUUACCAACCAAUUCGUCUUUGAUCAAGUAUAAAGUAAUGAGACAGCUGUUUAAAUUUGGCUUGUGCCUUGAGUUAGUCAUCGAACUUCUGAAAAUGUUGCUGCCUGAAUGAAGAGUUCUGAAAACGCUUUCUAUGCGUACACUAACUUUCUCACCUUUUAAGAAAAGAAUACGUGUUUUGUAAAAAUUGAAAAACUUAUUUUUUUCUCUCUCGAAAUACCGUGGGCAUCGUUAGAAAGUUAAACUGUGGGGAAAAAAAUGCAUCAUUAUUUUCUUUGUUUGAAACAGAAGACUCAGCCUGGAAAUCAAAAUUGAGCAGUGAAGUGUUUUGCAACUGUUCGGUGGUUCCACUUCAAGUCAGCUGGAUCAAGCAGAGACUUGAAAAGAGAUUUUGAAUUCUGUGGCAGUGGAGAGACCCCAGAAUGCCAGUCAAGAAGAAAGAUACUGACCGAGCUUUAUCAUUACUGGAAGAAUACUGCAAAAAAUUAAGAAAACCAGAGGAGCAGCUGUUGAAAAAUGCUGUUAAAAAGGUGAUGAGUAUUUUUAAGAGCAGCUUAUUUCAAGCUUUGCUGGAUAUUCAAGAAUUUUAUGAGGUGACAUUACUAAAUUCUCAGAAAAGUUGUGAGCAGAAGAUAGAAGAAGCCAGUCAAGUUGCACAGAAGUGGGAAAAGACGUCCAUCCUUACUCCACGCCAUGAUGGUCUUCCAAGAUCUGCUGAGCAAAACCAAGGCAAAUGCCCAGCUCAGAAUUGCACUGUGGAAGCUCCUGCUUGGAUGCCUGUCCAUCACUGUACUAAGUAUCGAUACCAAGAUGAGGACACUCCACACGAUCACUCCUUGCCUCGGCUGACUCAUGAAGUAAGAGGUCCAGAGCUUGUGCACGUGUCAGAAAAGAACCUGUCUCAAAUAGAAAAUGUCCACGGAUACGUCUUACAGUCUCACAUUUCUCCUCUGAAGGCAAGCCCUGCUCCUAUAAUUGUCAACACAGAUACUUUGGACACAAUUCCAUAUGUUAAUGGAACAGAAAUUGAAUAUGAAUUUGAAGAAAUUACAUUGGAAAGGGGGAAUUCCGGCCUGGGAUUUAGUAUUGCUGGAGGGACAGAUAAUCCCCAUAUUGGAGAUGACCCUGGCAUAUUUAUUACGAAGAUCAUACCGGGAGGUGCUGCAGCAGAGGAUGGCAGACUCAGGGUCAAUGACUGUAUCCUGCGGGUGAACGAAGUCGAUGUGUCCGAGGUCUCCCACAGUAAAGCAGUGGAGGCCCUCAAAGAAGCAGGCUCUAUUGUGAGGCUCUAUGUACGCAGGAGGCGACCGGUCCUGGAGACCGUGGUGGAGAUCAAGCUGUUUAAAGGACCGAAAGGUUUAGGCUUCAGUAUUGCCGGAGGGGUGGGGAACCAGCACAUUCCUGGAGACAACAGCAUUUAUGUAACGAAAAUUAUAGAUGGUGGAGCUGCACAAAAGGAUGGAAGGUUGCAAGUAGGAGACAGACUACUAAUGGUAAACAACUACAGUUUAGAAGAAGUAACGCAUGAAGAGGCUGUAGCAAUAUUGAAGAACACAUCUGAUGUUGUUUAUCUAAAAGUUGGCAAACCCACCACCAUUUAUAUGACUGAUCCUUAUGGUCCACCUGAUAUUACUCACUCUUAUUCUCCACCAAUGGAAAAUCAUCUACUCUCUGGGAACAAUGGCACUUUAGAAUACAAAACUUCCCUGCCGCCCAUCUCUCCAGGAAGGUACUCACCAAUUCCAAAGCACAUGCUGGUUGAAGAUGACUACACCAGGCCUCCGGAACCUGUUUACAGCACUGUGAACAAACUGUGUGAUAAGCCUGCUUCUCCCAGGCACUAUUCCCCUGUUGAGUGUGACAAAAGCUUCCUUCUCUCAGCUCCCUACCCCCACUACCACCUAGGCCUGCUCCCUGACUCUGAGAUGACCAGUCAUUCCCAACACAGCACUGCAACUCGUCAGCCUUCAGUGACUCUCCAACGGGCCAUCUCUCUGGAAGGGGAGCCCCGCAAGGUGGUCCUGCACAAAGGCUCCACUGGCCUGGGCUUCAACAUUGUGGGCGGGGAAGACGGAGAAGGUAUUUUUGUGUCCUUCAUUCUGGCCGGUGGACCAGCAGACCUGAGUGGGGAGCUCCAGAGAGGAGAUCAGAUCCUAUCGGUGAAUGGCAUUGACCUCCGCGGAGCGUCUCAUGAGCAGGCAGCUGCAGCACUAAAGGGGGCUGGACAGACGGUGACGAUCAUAGCACAAUAUCAACCUGAAGAUUACGCUCGAUUUGAGGCCAAAAUCCAUGACCUACGAGAGCAGAUGAUGAACCACAGCAUGAGCUCCGGGUCCGGAUCCCUUCGAACCAAUCAGAAACGCUCCCUCUAUGUCAGAGCCAUGUUUGACUAUGACAAGAGCAAGGACAGUGGACUACCAAGCCAAGGACUUAGUUUUAAGUAUGGAGAUAUUCUCCAUGUUAUCAAUGCCUCCGAUGAUGAGUGGUGGCAAGCCAGAAGAGUCACACUGGAGGGAGACAGUGAGGAGAUGGGCGUCAUUCCCAGCAAACGAAGGGUGGAAAGAAAGGAACGUGCCCGAUUGAAGACGGUGAAGUUUAAUGCGAAGCCUGGAGUAAUUGAUUCAAAAGGGUCAUUCAAUGACAAGCGUAAAAAGAGCUUCAUCUUUUCACGAAAAUUCCCAUUCUACAAGAACAAGGAGCAGAGUGAGCAGGAAACCAGUGAUCCUGAACAACACGUUUCUUCUAAUGCCAGCGAUAGCGAAAGUAGCUACCGGGGACAAGAGGACCUCAUUCUCUCCUAUGAGCCUGUCACAAGGCAGGAAAUAAACUAUACCCGGCCAGUGAUCAUCCUGGGCCCCAUGAAGGACAGAAUCAAUGAUGACUUGAUAUCCGAAUUUCCAGAUAAAUUUGGUUCCUGUGUGCCUCAUACUACGAGGCCAAAGCGGGAUUAUGAAGUGGAUGGCAGAGAUUAUCAUUUUGUUAUUUCCAGAGAACAAAUGGAGAAAGAUAUCCAAGAGCACAAAUUUAUAGAAGCUGGCCAGUACAAUGACAAUUUAUAUGGAACGAGUGUGCAGUCUGUGAGAUUUGUAGCAGAAAGGGGCAAACACUGUAUACUGGACGUAUCAGGAAAUGCUAUCAAGAGGUUACAAGUUGCCCAGCUCUAUCCCAUUGCUAUCUUCAUAAAGCCCAAGUCUCUGGAACCACUGAUGGAGAUGAAUAAGCGUCUAACAGAAGAACAAGCCAAGAAAACCUAUGAUCGGGCAAUUAAGCUAGAACAAGAAUUUGGAGAAUAUUUUACAGCUAUUGUCCAAGGAGACACCUUAGAAGAUAUAUAUAACCAAUGCAAGCUUGUUAUUGAAGAGCAAUCUGGGCCUUUCAUCUGGAUUCCCUCAAAGGAGAAGUUAUAAAUUAGCUACUGCGCCUCUGAUCACAACAGAUGAGCAUUUAGAAGAACAAAAUAUAUAUAUACUACUUGGAGGCUUUCAUGUUUUUGUUGCAUUUAUGUUUUUGCAGUCAAUGUGAAUUCUUACGAAUGUACAACGCAAACUGUGUGAAGCCAUGAAGGAAACAGAGGGGCCAAAGGGUGGGACGGAAAAGACAUUGCAGUAUGCAGGAAGGCUUUGGUUUGCUCAAAGUACCAGGUAUAGGGAUGAACCUCUGAUGGGCUUUCUGCCCUAGAAACGGGCAGCCUCCUCACCCAGCAGAUGUCCAGAGCUGAUGUAGCUGCUGAGCUCUCUGUGUUUUUGCUUUAAAAAAAAAAAAAAAGUUGCCAGCACUCGAACCUCACCAACCUUCCCAUUACUCACAUCUGUAAUUGGUACACUUCGAAUUUGAUAACUAUGCACAUUUGAUUUCUUAACAAGCAAAGAAAAUAAAGAAGGAGAAAAGAAAGAGUCCCUUUGGAGACGACAUACGAUCAGGGGAGGAUAAGUGUGUAGUUUCUUUGACUGGCAUGUACAAAGAUGAGCAUUUCAUAAAAUUCACAAGUGUAUGGAGGACUGACCAUACCGAGAGGAGGGAUUCCACCUGGAGUUAACUUGACGAUUGUUGAUUGUCUAUUUUGCCAUUUAUAAACGGAAAGAAGGCACUGAAGAUGAGAAUAAUUUAUACAAUAAAAUAUAUUAAAUGUAUAGAAAUGAAUUUCUAUAGGUUAAAAAAGUUUUGUGAACUAUUUUGUAAAGAUUAAUUAAUUGAAAGACUAAACAUAUGCACUCUCAGCACAUGGUCAAGUUCAAGGACUGAAAGUUGCACUCUCCCUUGUUUUGCCAGUGACCCAUUUGGAGCAUCUGAAUUCCUUCCAAGUCUGACAAAAAGACUUCUCCCUCACUCACCACCCAUGGCCUCUCUUGCACACUAGCGAUACACUCUUAUGGAGCACAUCCCUUCAUGAGUUGCCCUCAUGGAUAUUUUUGGAAAACAUUAUUUGGUAAAUACGUUUUUACACUGAUGACUUUUCAGAGACAUGCAUUCAAAUCAGCUAAAAGGAAUUUUUGCUUUUCUCUAGUCAAGUGAUCUGGUCCUACCACGCAAACAGUUAAAUAACUUUGUUCUUAGUCACAUACAUACAAUUUCUUAAAGGACCACUUAGUAUUCUGGCAAACCAUGAGUAUUUUUUUUUUUUUUUUUUUUUUUUUGCCUCACAGAGUAAUUGAGUAUUUCAUAACAGCCCAAGUUGGUAUUACAUGGGGAGAUCUGUCCUAAGAUGCAUUAUUUCUCUGAGGAAGAGAGUGAAGUUAUCUGUUUGGAAGGGGUGAGGGGUGAACAUUUUUCUUUCAGUAUGUAGGGCAAAGAGAACCACAAGGAAACCAUGUUAAAACUUUGAGCUCAACCAAUUGAGUUGCCUUCCUUGGGGCUGUACCUGGACCAAGUUUAUUUUUUAACAAUUAUAAUAAUGAUUUUAAAAAAGAAACCUCCUAGAGCCUAUAACUGAAACCGAAGAGUUAGCCUCCCACUUUAGAGCUGAUGAUGAUGUCAGCACUGGAUCUGCCCAAGGUGUUUAGAGAGAGACUUUUCAGUGAUGUUAAUAACCACUCAACUCUGGGCUCUGUACAUGCCCAGAUUAAGCCCCAUCGCCUUAUUUCUGGGGUACAUCAAGACCUGGCAGGGAUUCUGCCACACUGUGCAGCAAACCAGCACAUAGGCUGGAGUGAGAGAACAAAAGACAGAGCCAUUGGAGUGAUGGGGCUUCUUCUUAGUAAGAACAUCGGAGCUCAAACACGAGUGUCUCUUUCCAAAAAACAAGGGUUGUUCUUCUACUGAAUACCAUUGUCUGCCUGACUGCAGUCAACAAAACAAACCCAAACAUGCAAAAGCAUGCAUCUACCUGUAGUCUUGAGGCUGCCUUUGCCAACAGAAGGGCUAGCAAUGCAUUUUUCCCUCUGAUGAAAGUUAGAAUUCCAGAGACCUCCUUAGGAGACUCAAAAUGUUAGGCUUUUCCAUGUAUACAACUCACCAGUUUCAGGUCAAGGCCAACUUUCAUCAAUAAUGCUCCCAGAAGUUUUCUUGCCACCAGAUCUGCCAUUCCUGAUCCCAGCUCUCUUUUUAGGCCACCAUGAUAACUUCUUUGGUUUCUCAACUGAGCAUGCAAUCAUUUAUUUAGAGGACUGUCAUUAAUGAGUAGACGUUUUCUCUGGGUCGUGUGAUGUACUAGUAUUGCUGUGCUGAGUACAAUCAAAUUGAACCACCAACCCUUGGUUUUGUAGUAACACAUUUAUUUUCCCUGUGUAGAUGCUGUCAGAUUAGAAUUGGCAUUUGCACUGAUUUUUAUGUAGAUUUAUAUAAAUAUAUAUAUACAUAUAUAUUUGCUUGAAUCACCAAGCAAAUUGGUGAGAGGGUCUUUUCCUAGAGAACUUACACCUCCAUUUGUUGUGUUGUCCCACGCUUCCUCCCAAUGUUGAGGUCUCCAGGGCUCCAGUGAACUGGUGUAUUUUGCAGCAAACCUGAUGAUGUAUGUGAAAAUGGCAUGAAAGUUACCCAGACCACAUCUGGUGCAAAUGCACCUGGAGCCUUGGGCCAGACUGGUGCUAACACCGCGAAUUUUGUCCAGAGCUCUCUCCAAUUUGAAGGCUUGCUGGGGGCACAAUGUCACCUUCACACGCUGGGCCCUUUAGGAAAAGUGCCAGAUCGUGUCACUGGUGCUAUUUUUCAUGCUCUGGUACGAUGUGUAGCACCAUGGGGGUCUCAGCUUUACCAAAAUCAAAAUCCCAUUUGUCAACCAAUUGCUAGGGCAUUUGGUUUUGGUUUUGUUUUUUUUUUUUUUUUUUGUUUUUUUUUUUUUGCUUUCUCUCCUCCCACAGAAUUUGUUGGCCAUUUCUGUAAAGAUCUCUCCCAGGUCCAAACUGUUGGGUUAGCUCUGCUUAGCAAGCCCAUCCAUAUGAAGCUGCACUCAGGUGCCUCUGUGAGCUGUCUUAGAUCCUACUGCCAGCCCUUCCAGAUUAAGCCAGGGCAAAGCUCUCCAUGCCUCUGGCUCUCAACCAAUGAUUGUUGCCCUCAUUUUCCCCCUGUUCUCCUAUCUCUUCCCAACUCUUUUUCUGUCUCUCUCCUAUUACCUCUCCUUCCUUCUGAGUUGUUGAACUUGUCCUUUUCCUAUUCAUUCUCUUUAUCCAUCUCUCCUUUCAUCUGUCUCUGGUUGCCCUUUUUUGUAGUCUUUUCCCUAUCCUUCCCACCCCACCCCACUGCACCAAACCCAUACCCUACUCCCCAAUUUUAUGUCCCAUGAAGGGUUCACGGCUGAGUCAGACAGCAAGUCCAUACAAUGGGCUAAUGACACAAAUACUUGGAGUCACCUUUUCAACAACUCAGCUUUCAAAAGCAAAGCUGAGUGUGAGGCCCUGACUUGGAGCCAGCCUGCACCGCUGCCCUGGCAGUGAUGAUGCAUGCGCUGUGGUCCUGCGGCACCUGGGAGCCUGUCUGAGCCAGUCCUCCAGGAGAUCACUCCCAACAUCACCCUGGCUAAGGACACUUUCUUUUGGCAAAGGCAGAUUCUGGCCCCAACAAACCUCUUCUUUCUCAUUGACACAAUGACACUACCCUGGUUCAGAGAGAGAUUUUUUCUUUCCCACUUUCUUCCCAUUUUCGUGGGAAGCCCCCUCUUGCUUUUCAGCUGGUGAUGGCUCUGGUGAGACUGAGUGGAGUAGCUAGUGAAAUGACAUUUCUCUGUCUCUCUCCUGCUCUCUCACGCGCUCUCUCUUUCUUUCUCUUUCCUGUCUUGGUCCUGCAUAAAAUUCCUACAAAAACAUACCAAGGACUCAGGCUAGUUCCUAAAUUUAUCAAUCUAAUUUGUCACUCCUGGGGAGGGGAUGAGAUCAGUUUCCUUAAAGCAUGUGGAAAUAUUUCCUAUGACAACUGACUUUCCAGGAAACUCCCUAGAAAAUUCUGUGGAUCUACAUGAACUAUUUAAGUGUAUGGUAUAUAUGGUCUGCUUACCAUGUAUACACCUUUUACAUUAGGUAUGUAAUAAUGUGAUUGGAAACCCACACAGCCCAGUCUGUAAAUAUCCUUCCUCACUGAAACCUGUGCUGAUGAAAUUGUUCCUGGUACAGCUGUGCAGUUUGUUGCAGCAGCUGGACAAGUUAGAUGAAGAUCAGCUGUAAGAACACAGUGUCUCCCUAGCAGCUCAUGUGGAUGGCCAACCAAGUGACAAGGUUGACUCCCAAUGGGAUGGCAAACUUUUCUUCUUUUCAAAUUUGUGUUUCCUAAGUCUCUUAACUCCUGAGUGCACCAGGUUGUACCCAUUAGAUCCUUUUAAUAUGAUGAUUUUGUGCUUCUCUCUGACAGGAUGUUUCUCCAUCGAGUUGUAAUACAGGAUGGGAGGGAGGGGGGAAUUACUCCUUGCCUGGUUGAAGUUUACAGAGACACUGCACAGCUUACACUCCUGUUAAGUGUAAAUAUUAAACACUUCCAUUCCAUUUGUGUAAAAAAUAAAGCACACACGAUUAUAAAAUCAAGAUGUAUAUUUCA